AUGGUAAACAACUGUGGCAUCGAAGCCAAUCCAGAGAAGAUAAAGGCCGUGUUCGAGAUGGAAGCGCCCAAAACUCUGAAACAGCUUCAAUGCCUCAAUGGGAGGAUUGCAGCUUUGAACAGGUUUGUUUCAAGGUCGACUGACAAAUGCCUUCCUUUCUUCAAAGUCCUAAGAAAUAAGGGACCCUUUGAAUGGACGGCAGAGUGCGAGCAGGAAUUGGAACAAUUGAAAAACUAUCUCUGCUCGGCACCUCUGCUCACAAAGCCGUUGCCAGGGGAGAAGCUCCACUUAUACCUAGCAGUGUCUGACAGCGCUGUCAGCUCGGCCCUAGUCAAGCAGGAAGGAGUGCGCCAAAGUCCCAUUUAUUACACAAGUAAAGCCAUGACCGAGGCCGAGACCAGAUACCCCCAAAUGGAAAAGCUGGCCCUCGCUUUAGUUACCUCGGCCCGAAGACUUAGGCCGUACUUCCAAGCGCACACCGUCGUAGUACUUACCAACUUGCCCCUGAAGAAUAUCUUCCAUAAGCCAGAAACAUCAGGGCGCCUGAUGAAGUGGGCAUUGGAGUUGAGUGAAUACGACAUCCAGUUCGAGCCCAGAACCGCGUUAAAAGAGCAAGCAGUAGCAGACUUCAUCGCGGAGCUUACCCCACCAUCUCAGUCGACCGAGUCCGACCUCUCGUGGACGAUCUACAUUGAUGGAUUCUCCAAUGAGAGGGGGUGCGAGGCAGGAAUCCUCUUGUUCGCACCAGGUGGGGAGCGAUUUGAGUAUGCCAUACGGUUCAACUUUCGGACUUCAAAUAAUGAGGCUGAGUACGAAGCACUUCUGGCAGGCCUACGCAUUUCUAAGGGACUGGGGGCCAUCCACAUCAAGUUCGAGACUUACGAGGUGAGUCAAGUUCCACGGUUAGAAAAUUCCAAUGCUGAUGCCUUGGCCAAAAUGGCAUCAGCAUAUGAGACCGACCUGGCCAAGUCGGUCCCAGUCAAGAUCUUAGACAAUCCUUCAAUCUUGGACCCAGACGUGAUGGAGAUUGACACUCCAUCACCCUCAUGGAUGGAUCCAAUCGUGGAGUUCAUCAAAGGAAAUCCGCCGCAAGAACUGAAGGAGCAAAAGAGGAUGGCACGGAAAGCAGCUCGGUUCGUACUCCGAGAUGGAGCGUUGUACCGACGUGGCUUCUCCCUGCCCCUGCUUAAGUGUGUAACUCUUGAAGAAGGCCUUUACAUCCUUAGGGAAGUCCAUGAAGGAGUGUGUGGAAACCACUCAGGCCCCAUGGCCAUUCGCGCAAUGGGGAGUAGACAUCAUAGGUCAUUUUCCCCUGGGCAAAGGGCAAACUAA